AUGCGGCGCUGUGUCCUGACAGGUGGUGGCAAUGGCUGAAGAUGGGAAUGAAGAGAUCAUGUUCAUCUGGUGCGAGGACUGCAGCCAGUACCACGACUCUGAAUGUCCUGAGCUGGGCCCGGUGGUCAUGGUCAAAGACUCCUUCGUGUUAAGCAGGGCCAGGUCAUCCCUUCCCUCCAACCUGGAGAUCAGACGCCUGGAAGACGGAGCUGAGGGGGUGUUUGCCGUGACCCAGCUCGUCAAGCGCACGCAGUUCGGCCCAUUUGAGUCGCGACGCGUCGCCAAAUGGGAGAAGGAAUCCGCGUUUCCACUGAAGGUGUUCCAGAAGGAUGGGCACCCCGUGUGCUUCGACACCUCCAACGAGGACGACUGCAACUGGAUGAUGCUGGUGCGGCCGGCAGCGGAGCCGGGACACCAGAACCUGACGGCCUUCCAGCAUGGCAGCGACGUGUACUUCACCACCUCCCGGGACAUCCCCCCGGGCACCGAGCUGCGUGUGUGGUAUGCAGCCUUCUACGCCAAGAGGAUGGACAAGCCCAUGCUGAGGCAGGCCUGCCCUGGGCUCCAGGCUGCAGGCACCCCAGAGAACAGCACCCCAGUGGAGGCAGAGCCCAGCCAGUGGGUGUGCAAGGUGUGUUCAGCCACCUUCCUGGAGCUGCAGCUGCUGAAUGAGCACCUGUUGGGCCACUUGGAACAAUCCAAGAGCGGCGCCCCAGCUGGCCAGCAGGAAUCAGCCCCGGAGAAGGAAGCAGAUGUGCCCCGGGGGGAACCUACUGAGGUUCCCAAGACUGUCAGUGCCACCAAAGAGCAGAAGAAAAAGCCUCGAAGGGGAAGAAAACCCAAAGCAUCCAAACCAGAGCAGCCUCUAGUCAUUGUUGAAGGCAAGGAGCCAGCAGAGCAAGUGACAGAGAUCAUGACUGAGGUCGAGCCCGUGACUGCGACGCCAGACGAGCGGAUCAUGGAGCUGGUUCUGGGAAAGCUGGCCGCCACCCCCAGCGACACCAGCUCGGUGCCAAAGUUCCCGCAUCACCAGAGUGGCACCAUCACCCUCAAGAGGAGCCUGAUCCUCUCGAGCCGGCACGGCAUCCGGCGGAAGGUGGUACGUCAGCUGGGUGAGCACAGGCGCGUGUACCAGUGUAGUAUCUGCAGCAAGGUCUUCCAGAACAGCAGCAACCUGAGCAGGCACGUGCGCUCACACGGUGACAAGCUGUUUAAGUGCGAGGAAUGUGCCAAGCUGUUCAGCCGCAAGGAGAGCCUGAAGCAGCACGUCUCCUACAAGCACAGUAGGAACGAGGUCGACAGCGAGUACAGGUACCGGUGUGGCACCUGCGAGAAGACCUUCCGCAUCCAGAGCGCGCUGGAAUUUCACAACUGCCGCACAGACGACAAGACGUUCCAGUGUGAGAUGUGCUUCCGGUUCUUCUCCACCAACAGCAACCUCUCCAAGCACAAGAAGAAACACGGGGACAAGAAGUUUGCCUGUGAGGUCUGCAACAAGAUGUUCUACCGCAAGGACGUCAUGCUCGACCACCAGAGGCGGCACCUGGAAGGAGUGCGGCGGGUGAAGAGGGAAGACGUGGAGGCUGGUGGCGGCGAGAACCUGGUGCGCUACAGGAAGGAGCCGUCUGGAUGCCCGGUGUGCGGCAAGGUGUUCUCCUGCAGGAGCAACAUGAACAAGCACCUGCUGACCCACGGCGACAAGAAGUACACCUGUGAGAUCUGCGGGCGCAAGUUCUUCCGUGUGGACGUGCUCAGGGACCACAUCCACGUCCACUUCAAGGACAUCGCGCUGAUGGAUGACCACCAGAGAGAGGAGUUUAUUGGCAAGAUUGGGAUCUCGUCAGAAGAAAACGAUGACCAUUCAGACGAGAGCGCAGACUCAGAGCCUCACAAGUACAGCUGCAAAAGGUGUCAGCUCACCUUCGGCCGCGGGAAGGAGUACCUGAAGCACAUCAUGGAGGUGCACAAGGAGAAGGGCUAUGGCUGCAGCAUCUGCCACCGGCGCUUCGCCCUGAAGGCCACCUACCACGCCCACAUGGUCAUCCACCGUGAGAACCUGCCCGACCCCAACGUGCAGAAGUACAUCCACCCCUGUGAAAUCUGCGGGCGGAUCUUCAACAGCAUCGGGAACCUGGAGAGGCACAAACUGAUCCACACAGGUGUGAAAAGCCAUGCCUGUGAGCAGUGUGGGAAGUCCUUUGCCAGGAAGGACAUGCUGAAGGAGCACAUGCGUGUCCAUGACAACAUCCGGGAAUACCUGUGCGCAGAGUGUGGGAAAGGCAUGAAGACCAAGCACGCGCUGCGCCACCACAUGAAGCUGCACAAGGGCAUCAAGGAGUACGAAUGCAGGGAGUGCCACCGCAAGUUCGCGCAGAAGGUCAACAUGCUGAAGCACUACAAGCGGCACACGGGGAUUAAAGAUUUCAUGUGCGAACUGUGCGGAAAAACGUUCAGUGAGAGAAACACGAUGGAGACGCACAAGCUCAUCCACACGGUGGGCAAGCAGUGGACGUGCUCCGUGUGCGACAAGAAGUAUGUCACCGAGUACAUGCUACAGAAGCACGUGCAGCUCACUCACGACAAGGUGGAGGCGCAGAGCUGCCAGCUGUGCGGGACCAAGGUGUCCACCAGGGCCUCCAUGAGCAGGCACAUGCGGCGCAAGCACCCCGAGGUCCUGGCUGUGAGGAUUGAUGACCUGGACCACCUCCCAGAGACCACCACCAUCGACGCCUCCUCCAUUGGCAUUGUCCAGCCUGAGCUGAGUCUGGAGCAGGAGGAGCUGGCCGAAGGGAAGCACGUGAAAACCACCAGGAGAGCUCCCAAGAGGAAGCAGAAGCCGGAGGAGGAGGCGGGGGCCACGGCGCCGGAGGACACCGCCUUCAGCGAGUUCUCAGACAAGGAGGGCACAUUCUCGGGGGCUGUCGGGGAUGAGACGGACUCGGCCGUGCAGAGCAUCCAACAGGUGAUGCUUGUGCAGAGUCGGGCCCGGGUUUGGGAGGCCGGCUUGUGACCCUUUUCCCAAUGGGGACUUGGACCCUGACCGCCGUCAGCCUGUACCCUGUUUCCCAGUGCAGACCCAGAGGUCACUGCCAUCGUGGUGAAAAGCAGUCGUACCCCCGUGGUUGGGAACUGGCUGGGGCCAUUUUGGGGACGUUC